GAGGCAUCUAUAACCUUCUUCGUUCAUUUUUCUAUGGGAUCGUUCCUUUGAAUCAUCUAUACCUAGAAGAUCUAUAACCUUAGAAACUGAACCACAUUGAACUAUAUACUAACGUAACUAUAUAUAGUUCAAUGCUGAACCAUCUCUGUAAUUGUAUGGUAAUUGUUUUGAUGGUCCAACACAUCGCAGAUAAAGACAAGUAUGACAGCCACAGAUCACUGAAUAACCUCUGUAAUCUGUGGUGACAGCUAGUUCUUAUUUAUAAACAUGCGAAAUUAAAUAAAUUCCAGCCACAGAUUCCAGCUUUUUAAAUUUGUAGCACACAGAGCGCUUAGAAGUUAUUGAAGUGGCUAGAUUCCGCUUCUGGAGAUAUUGAUUGAGUCACUGAAUUCUCACCGCGUUCAAGAUGAGUAAAAUAUUUACCCCCACAAAUCAAAUUCGCUUAACCAACAUAGCGAUUGUGCGAAUGAAAAAAGCAGGAAAACGUUUCGAAAUCGCUUGCUACAGAAAUAAGGUCGUUUCCUGGCGCAAUAAUGUGGAGAAGAAUAUAGACGAGGUUCUGCAAACUCAUUCAGUUUUCACGAACGUAUCGAAAGGUCAGGUGGCAAAAAAAGAGGACUUGUUGAAGGCAUUUGGUAUGGACAAUCAAACUGAAAUAUGCAAACUGAUAUUAGAAAAAGGAGAGCUUCAGAUUUCCGAUAAAGAACGCCAAAGCCAAAAUGAGCAACUGUUCAAAGAUAUCGCCACCACUCUGGCCAGCAUUUGUUUAAAUCCUGAGCUAAAGCGACCAUAUCCUGUUACCAUAAUUGAAAAAGCCAUGAAAGAUGCGCAUUACUCAGUCAAACCGAAUCAAGCAACCAAAGUGCAGGCAAUGGCAGCUCUCAAGCUGCUUAAACAGGCCGAUAUAAUACCAAUAGAAAGAGCGAAAAUGAGGAUCAAAGUUCAUUUCGGUGGAAAAGAAGCAAAAAAGCUGAAACAGAAAAUUCUGAAACUCGAAAGCCUACAGGUAGAAAGCGAAGAACAAGACGAGGAGCAUACAACACUUGUAUUUGUGGUUGAUCCAGGACAGUUUAAGGAAAUCAACGCCCUGAUCACAUCAGAAACCAAAGGCAAGGGCCUAUUGGAAGUUUUGGCGUACAAGGAGAUAGUUUUAGGUGAUGAGUUUUUAUAAUCUACUGUAUAGUUAGUAUUACGUUCAUGAUAAUCCAUAUAAAUUGUUAUUGAAUUA